CAGUCCGAUUCCUGGAAAAUCCGCUCCGGGUCUUCCUGUGAUCCAACCGGACUCCAUGUUGUUCUGUCAGCUUCAGAGCGAGCAAGUGCACUGGCCGAAAACUCUCACGUUGCAGCUUUCGGUGCCUGACAAGAAAAAGUUGUUGCAGACUCUCCCCGACUGUGUAGCCCCUUCAAAAAAAUAUGGCAGACUACCGGGACGACAACGGAGCUCGGGCUCUGCUUGCAUUACAGUCGGCGCCGUGUAGCCCCGUGCGCGUCGCGGUGACCUCUCACUCCUAUCACCAGCCCUCGGUCUCCGUCUUGGGUCCUCCAAUAAUGGAAGCUCGUUGCGAUACCGGAGGUUUUCCUGCAAGGCUCUCUUCGACGCCUCCGCAGGCCCUUGCGAGGCUCGAGGGCCGGGACUUUGAGUUUGUCAUGCGCCAGAGGACGGUCACCAUAGGCCGGAACUCGUCCCACGGCUCGGUGGACAUCAACAUGGGUCACUCGAGCUUUAUUUCAAGGCGACACCUGCAGAUAACUUACGACGAGGCGGGCGGCUUCUCUCUGAGGUGUCUGGGGAAGAAUGGCGUGUUUGUUGACGGAGUGUUCCAGCGGAGAGGAGCUCCGCCACUACCGCUGCCCAGAGAGUGUGUGUUUCGGUUUCCCAGUACCGUCAUCAAGAUCCAGUUCACGUCACUCGUGGAAGUGGAGGAGCACAGGGAGAAGGAGCAGCCCUCUCCCCCGCCCCGCCCGCUGCUGCCCCACAUCUCCCCUCUUAAGAUCAGCAUUCCCACCACGCAGCAGCAUGAAGAGCACAUCAGGGCGUUUGGCUCACCGCUGCCGUCACCCACCGGCACAAUCAGCGUUCCCAACUCCUGUCCUGCUAGCCCUCGAGGGGCGGGGUCAUCGGGGUAUCGCUAUGGACGCAAUGUGACCUCCGACCUCCAGUUAGCUGCAGAAUACGCUGCGAAGGCUGUAUCUGAGCAGAGGCGAAGUCUUGCUGAGCACAGAGGUGGGGGAAAUGAGCAGCGUGUGGAGUCGGUGGGCGGAGACAGCCCCAAGGAUGAGUCCAAGCCUCCGUAUUCCUACGCACAACUGAUCGUCCAGGCCAUCUCUUCAGCUCCAGACAAACAGCUCACCCUCAGCGGGAUUUAUGCCCACAUCACCAAACACUACCCCUACUACCGCACUGCAGACAAGGGCUGGCAGAACUCGAUCAGACACAACUUGUCUCUGAACCGCUACUUCCUGAAAGUAGCCCGUUCUCAGGACGAGCCUGGGAAAGGAAGCUUCUGGCGCAUCGACUCGGCCUCUGAGAGCAAACUGGUGGAACAAGCCUUCAGGAAAAGACGGCAGAGAGGCGUGGCCUGCUUCAGGACUCCAUUUGGACCUUUGUCGUCACGGAGUGCACCGGCGUCUCCCACCCAUCAGGGCCUGCUGUCCCCUUCGUCCAGUGGGCUGCAGACUCCUGAGUGUCUGAGCAGAGAGGGCUCUCCCAUCCCUCAGGACCACCAUGAGCAACUGGCCAGCAAACUGGCGUCUGUGCCGGAGUACAGGUACUCCCAGAGCGCCCCAGGCUCUCCAGUCAGCGCUCAGCAUGUCAUCAUGGCUGCCCCCCACCACCCAACCGUCCUGAAGCCCAUCCACAUGCUUCAGAGCGUCCCUCAGCCUUCUGUCACUAUGGUGCGCGUGGUCACCAGCGCCCCUCCAGUCUCUGCCCCCCCUAAUGGCUACAGCACUUUGACUGUAGGAGGACUGGAGAGCAACAGCGACAUCAGAGAUGCGCAGCAAAACAGAGAGUUGGUGAUCCAGACGCUGGACAGCGUGGUGCAGGCUGGAGAGGGACGCCAUGUCACGCCGGGGUUACACCAACUUCCUGUCCGUCCUGUUACCCAGAAUGGCAAACACAUCACUGCUGCUGUUUCCACAGUGACCAGCUUAGCUAAUUCAUCUGGCCUGAGCAGCCCCCUGCAGAUCCUGGCUGCCCAGGCAUCCAGCUCCCCCCCGGUGCUGGUGGGCCGGCAGCCCGGCGGAGACGCCUUCUCUGGAUCAGCAGGUGAGCCGCUGGCCAAGCGGCCAAAGAUGGAGGAUGAAGGAGAGUCUGAAUCUGCUCUGCACCAAGCUACGUCUGCCCCUCAACCUGUUAUUGUUGCUAUGACGUCACAAACCCAUGAGCCCCGUCAAUGAAACCUGGGGUCUCUCACCAGGUGUCCAAGGGGCAUCCUCUGUCAUCUCCUGAAUGUUUUGCCUUUCGACAUAAAUACGACUGUAUUGUUGAAGGGAAUGAAUUUGGUCAAAAUGACAUAAAAUGUAGAUUUCUCUACAUUUUAGAGGCGAGUGAAUCUGGCUUCAGUUUGUUUCAUCUUACCUUAAUCAAAGGAAACUGAAGAUAAUUAGGCCUGAUGAGCAGAAUGGUUUGGCAUUGCUUUAACUUUCUAAACAAUGGAGAUAUGGAGGAAUGUGGUGGAAAUCCAGCCAAAGACCCAUCCUUGACUGCUGCAUUGGUUAGUUAGUUUAAAUAUGGAGAGUCAGUGCAGCCUGUGGAAGCUAGCAGCACGUUAACCAGGUUUAUGUCACCUGGGAGACCAGGAUCAUGACUGUAGUUUUAUAAAAGAAGUGAUAUUCCUAGACGGUAAAAUGAGACCGAAACCUUCCAAAAACAGGCUCAGAGAAAUAAAAGUAUGAAUAUUUACCUUAAGACCAGAAUGUAAUACCUCUUGCCUUCUCACAGAAGCAGAAAAAAUAAAAAACAGAAAAAAAAAUGGAUGUUGAGGAAAUGCAGGAAAGACUAAAAGACAAGCCAGCUGUUUCAGAGUGAAGCUCCUCACAUUCAGGCCCAACAGACUGAUGAUGGAGGACGGAGAGAGGCAGCUACUGGAGGCUGACUGAAGUGGAGGGCUAACCCAACGCUGACAAACUGAUUGUUUUUCAUUUGUUUAGUUUGUGUAGUGGUGUGAGGAGAGGUGAAACGGCCUCUGCGCAGAUUUGUUUUAGCACAAAGAGGAACUAUUGUAGUAAUCCUCAAAGCCUUAAAAUAUUUCUACUUAUCUGAAAUUUUAUUUUAGCAGCUUUACUGUUUUAGACUAAUAUAGCGCUUAAACAGUACACAAUCAGCAACACUACGGCAGCAGCAGUUACGUUGCAAUUAACUUGUUUCAGUUUUCUUAAGAAAAUACAAGGACGGGACCAACUUGUGACCAGAAAUUUUACCUGUUCUCAGCUUUCUUUCCAGAACUUUCUGCAUAUUCUCUUCUUUCAGCUUGCUUUUCUCGCACUCUUCAUUGACAGUUCUUCCUUCGUGAUUAAUCUCUCCUUGCAAUCUCUGCAGAGGCAUCAAGCUGUCGCAGAUGCUGCUUUAAUUAGAUUUGUUCUAGCACUUUCUCCCCCGUUCUUUUGUCUCUUCACUCUGCCUUUAGCACCUCAGAAUGUCCUCACACAGGCUUCAUGCUUAAGAUUUCACCGAUUGUUGUUGCACAACAGAUGGAUGCAUUAUGAUUGUAUGCUGCUCUGCUAAGUAACAAAGCUAAUUAAAGUUCUUAUUUUGGAAAAAAAAUACAACAUUUGUGUAAGAGCAGCUGUCAUCAACAGUUAAACAUGGGAAUAGAGGUAUAGGUAUUUUUUAAUGUCCCUGUUUUUGUGAUUUGUUAAAAUGUGUAGCACAAAUUAAAAUUCUUAUUGACAUAA